UCUCACCUGUCCAUUCACAGGAAAUAACAUACAGAGUCAAGUCAGUAGUUGUUGUUGUUGGGCUCAGCUAAGGUCGACUACGCGGCCACUCGAUAGCCAGUGUGCGAGGCCGAAUUCAAAGCCGACUUCGACUGUUUUGUUUUGGUCGCUACGCAAUACCGCGGCCGACCGUGAUUUUGUUUUGUUUUGUUCUGUGCUAGUUACUUGUGUCCGAAAUGGGGAAUAAAUUGUGCAAAAAGAAAUCGCAGGAUGCUGUGGAUAACGCUAGCAAAUCACCCUCUCAGUUCGACAGGAUCAUCAACAGAUUCCAUAUUCGACCUAAUUCCUGGAAAUCGGAUCCGCAGCUGAACCAGAAACAAGUCAAAAGAUUGGAAAAGAUUCCAAACGAAAAACAAAACAAUGUAAUAACCACAAAACCCCUUUCGAAAUCCUCCGACUGGACUGAAGUUGAUCUGGAAGUACCUGAUAACGAGGACCAUCCGAUUCACCUUCACAAUCCAAAACUUAAUCUCAUUUUUAAUAACGAUAAAGGAACACCCACGCCUCCUCCAAGAAAACACAAGAAGAAUUUAAGAGAGAAAAUCGAAGCAGUAGCAAAAACUGGACUGCAAGCCUUUCAGUCAAAGAAAUCGCAAGUAGAAGCUACUCCUCCGAAACCACCAACAGAAGUAGAAGAACCACUGUUUGUCAAAAAGACCAUAGACUACAGAUGUCCGAUUUGCGAUGCCGAUGAAGCCAGUUUCAAUAGGGACCAUCAUCAUCACCACCACCAUGAACAUAACCAUGUAAACGAUAAAAAUGAUAACAAAACGGACAAGUUUAUUAAUUUAAGAGACGGAAAAGAGAGCUUGAAAAGGAAAAAGACUUUAUCAGUGUAUUCGCUUCCUAAUUACGAUGAAUUGAAGUUGACUGUUUCCGAAUUUAAAGAUGAUAAUAAAGGGCCAUCCUCUCUAAAGACGGACAAAAAAGGUCAUCCUUCAGAAAUAUCUCUACCAGUAGACCACAAAAAGACUGCAACAGGCUCUACGGGAAAGUUGGAUACGUACAUAACAAGAUGCCGAAGUUUUGGAUCCAUUUUCCCACAGCAACUGAAGAAAUUACGUCCGCGAAAAGCACCAACAGAUAUUGAAAGCGAUGAUUCCUUUGGUGGUUUAGAAGACUGGGACUUAGGACUAAUUGAACAUUAUAAUCCAAAAGAUGCUAGUUUACCAAGACCAAGGAAACCAGUUGUUAAUGAUGAUUCCGUAUUAGCAGGCCUAGAAGGCAUGAUCGUAACAGAAGAAGAAAUAGAAAAAUUAACUCCUAAACCCAAGCCUAGACGAGCUGAGUCUCUCGUCAAAAAGAUUAACAGAGAAGCUGCAGAAGAAGCAUGUAAAAGAAAUAACGAACUGAUCAAAUCCACAAAUACUCCAGCUACUCAGCCGCACAGUAUCACACCUCCGUCAUCUCCCAUACAAGAACCUGUUAUGAGAAAACCUAUCAGCCACGUACCAAAAGAAGAAGACAGUAAAAUUGAACACUCAAGUUUAAUAAAAAUCUUAGAAAAAUUCAGCAUGGCCGAUAAACAAAUCAAAGACAAGAACGAAAAUACUGUACCAAGACAUAUUGAUAGCAAUGAAUCUUCGCUUACUCCUUCGCUGGUUGAGUUCGAAAAAAAUUUAGCAAACUCUAUCGAGGAAUAUGUCAAAGUCGAAAAUGCAAGUGAAAAGUUAGAUGACAAUAAAGUCAGAUCUGAAGAUAAAAACAUCAAUAGCGCAAUCAUGACAUAAAUAUUAUUUUUAUUCGUUCUAGGUGGUUGAUAUUAUGAAAUCUAAGUAUCUAAAUUUUUGUAAAUAUUAGCAACACAAGGGAGCUACCUACUUUAUUAUCGAAAUUCUUGUUGUCUUUUUUGUUGUUUGUUACAUUUUGUAUAUAAUUAGUUUUAAGAAAAUUUCUAAGAAUAGUUUAACUUUAAAUUUGUUUUUGAAAAAAAACCGAAAGAUAACCUUAUUCUAAUGUUUUAAUAAACUCCGAUUUAGAUUUAA